AUGGUUUCCUUCAUACGACUUACCCGCUCCGCCUUCUCGAGGGCCAUGAGCCAAGCGCGGCCGCCGAUCCGCUCCUCUGUUGUCUCAAAGAUUACCCCUGUAGCGAUGGGCGCCGUGUUGUUUGAGAUUGGUUACAUGAUGGGAUCGUCAGCCUUUGGCCCCGGAGUGCCGCCCACGGGCAAAACCUUCACCCUUCUUCCUCCCAGCCUCACUCAAGGUGCCUUCGACAAGGCUAGCCAGACGAAUUUGUCAAGAAGCAUUGUUAAUAAGCAUGACCAAGGGCCUGAUGCAUAUGUGGCCCAGCUCAUGAAGCGUAUUACUGAAACAGAGAAGGAUAUUUUUCGCCUCAUGGUCAGGAAAUCGAAGCAGCCGUUUGAUGAAGGCCGACUUGAGAUCAUGCACAAGAUACGGCAACGCACUCGGCUUUACAAUAUAGUCUGGGCUAUUCAUAUGGUUGAAUUCGCUGAUAAUCCUCGAGUUGUGGAGCUGCUCGAGAAGAAUGCACAUGAUUUGACUCAACAAGGGGCCGAUAUCACAAGUACUUUGUUGAAAGCUCAGGAGGCGAUUGCUGUUGGGGACAACAGGCCCUUGGAACAGCAUGUCAACGAAGUCAUUGAGAGGAAUAAUCGGCGCGGUCUUUGUGCUUUGAGACCAGCCUCGGAACUGGAGAAAUUCAUGGGACAGAUACCCGCGGGCAAUGCCGUCCUCUCAAGACUGAGAAUGCUGCAGGGUAUUGCCACCCAAAAUACCGAGGAGAGCAGGUUCUUGAUAACUGAUGUAAUGUAUGGUUUGUGGUGGGUUCUUGAGAGAAAGGCCAAGGAGUUUGACCGGGUUGCCAGGAAGUAA